AUGUAUCGUGAACGUUUACUCGGGGGUUAUCUUCAUCUUAACAUCCUUGUUCUACAGAUCAUCGCAAGCAGCGCCGGAACAGGAUUCGUCCUCCUCUCGCCUUGGUUCCGAGGUCCGGAAUGGCGAUCUAUGCGUCUGGCUAGCUGUAUCGCGACAGGGCUAUUUGCUUUUGCGCCGAUUAGCCAUGCCGGCUAUCUUUGGGGGCCUGGGUAUCUUCUUCGAGUUGGGGUUCCGUAUUACCUGCUUGAGGGUGCGCUAUUGCUGGUCGGAUGUUACUUUUUCCAGACACGAUUCCCGGAGUCACUAUAUCCUGGUCGAUUCGAUAUUUGGGGCCACUCGCACACUCUCUGGCAUAUUCUCGUUACGCUGUCUAUCCUUGUUCAUAUGGGCGGUUUGUUGAGUGCGCGGGAAUACAAUGAUAAGCAUGCGCCAUGUCGAGUGGUAUAG